AUGUACUGGGUCAGGAGAGAAAAGCGUUUCCCAUGGGUUCCCAGCACUACACUCGGUAGAUUCGGAGUCGUGGUGGAUCUUAUCGGCACGAGUGAGGUGCACGUUAGUAUGGCUAUCGAAGAUGGGCUAGUCCCGAAAAUUAUGGUCCGUCUCGUUAGGGAGCUCCGCAAGAGUGGGACGUGCAGGUGUCUGUGCAUGGCCAUCCUUUCCCUCGUAGGGAAGCAGAUGCGCAAUAUGGUUGGGAUUGCGGGAAGCAUGUUCACCACGCUUGCGAAGGGUAAUGUCAACAUAGAGAUGAUAAGCCAAGGAGCUAGCGAGAUCAAUGUCUCAUGUGUCAUUGAAGGGAAAGACUCGGUCAAGGCGCUCAAUCUCAUACACCAGGGUUGCUUGUAG